GUAUUGUGCUGGUUUCCUUUGCAUGUUAAUUGCUCUCACUCCUCCCGUAGCUGAUCAGAUCACACCACUGAAUCAACUUUUCUUUCUCUUUUUCUGCCCACUGCUCGCAUGCACACAUGGCAAGGAGCAGACUGACACCAUUUGACAUCUCCUUGCUUCCUCAUUUCAAUAUUAACUGUUUACCAGAAGAGAAACUGGUUUGGGGGUAGGGUGCUGAGUGCAUGCAUGUCUCUGUGUGUGAGCAAAAGCUUUUUUUUCUCCUCGGUCCCUCUGCAGCUAUAGGUCAUUACACAGAGCUACCUGAAACUGCCUAAUGCUAGUUUUCACCAGCUUGACUUGAGAAGAGACGUUUCUGUGGAUGUGCUCCCCGUUCUGCCUGGGCUGGGGUACAGCAACAACUGCAGGGCUCGGUGUUGCUGCUGCUCUCGUCUGAGAACCAACGUGCUGAGGGAUUGCUUCACCCUCCCCAGAGCGAGCACAAUGACACAGCUGCAGUUUAAAGAUGCGUUUUGGUGCAAGGAGUUCACCUUACACACCGGCUAUGAGGUGCUUGUGCAGCGACUGUUGGAUGGGAGGAAGAUGUGCAAAGAUGUGGAGGAUUUACUCAAGCAGAGAGCGCAAGCAGAAGAGAGAUAUGGGAAAGAGCUGGUUCAAAUUGCCCGAAAAGCAGGAGGACAAACAGAAAUCAACACGCUGAAGGCAGCAUUUGAGAGGCUUAAGCAACAAAUUGAAAGCGUUGGAAACUCUCACAUCCAGCUAGCAGUCAUGCUGAAGGAUGAACUGAAAGGAAUAGAGGAGUUCCGAGAAAGACAGAAGGAGCAAAGAAAAAAGUACGAGUCUGCAAUGGAGCGCAUGCAAAAGAGCAAGUUGUCCUACUAUAAGAAAACAAUGGAGUCAAAGAAGACGUACGAACAGAAGUGCAAGGAGGCGGAUGAGGCCGAGCAGUCCUUUGAACGGACAAGUGCUUCAGGCAACCAGAAGCAAACAGAAAAGAGUCAGAACAAAGCCAAGCAAUGCAGAGAUGCAGCAAAUGAAGCAGAGAACGUGUACAAACAGAACAUUGAACAGCUGGAUAAGGUCAGGACAGAGUGGGAGCAGGAACAUAUCAAAACCUGCGAGGUCUUCCAGCUCCAGGAGUGCGACCGCAUCACCAUCCUCCGGAACUCGCUGUGGGUUCACUGCAACCAGCUCUCUAUGCAGUGCGUGAAGGACGAUGAGCUGUAUGAAGAGGUACGGGUAAGCUUGGAGAACUGCGUUGUAGAGUCAGACAUAGACUACUUCAUUAAGAACAAAAUGACAGGAACACAACCUCCAGGUGCAAUAGGAUACGAGGAUUACUACAGCAGAGAACCAAACAGAGGUAACAGCAGCCCAACCCAGUCUUGUGGGAUGAUGAAGAGAUUCUCUGGACUACUGCACGGAAGCAGCAAGAACAAUGCUGAAAGCAUCACUCCUUCAGCCCCUCCUCUUGAGAAAGCAGAUGGGGUCUACGCAUCCAUUUUUGUAAACGAACAAGCAAGAAUCACAUCAUCACAGGACUUCAGAGUACUUUAUGACUACACAGCCCAAAACAUGGAUGAACUGGACAUCAACGAAGGAGACAUCGUAGCUGUCAUUGAAGAAAGCGAAGACGGCUGGUGGACAGCUGAAAGGAACGGGCAGCGAGGCUUUGUGCCAGGGUCUUAUCUUGAAAGGAUUUGAUGAAGAGUAGUCCCAACCCUCAGACUUUGAAAACGUUCUACUACUGAAAACAAAGAGCAUGCAGGGCUGCUGCAGCUGACCAAGGGCAACCCAUAAUACUGUCCUCUACAGUUACCAGUCAGGAUAUAACCAACUGACCAUUCUUUCCUCUUCCUUCCUACCCUGACCCUCCCUACCCCUGGCACCUUCUGGCCUACAUUGUCUGCAAAAACCGGCCCCACCUCAGUGAGAUGAGGACUUGGGUUUCUUAAAGAGUUCCUUCCCACUAUCCGCACACUGUGCCGCCAUCAGUGUUACAAGUCUUGGUAAGUCUGGGAGAAAAAUCCUGCCUAGAACUUAAGUACACUAAAGGAAAAAGAACAAAGAAGUAACCAUGGCUCUGCUCUGCACUGGACAGCAAAAAUAAGGACAGAUGAUGAGCCCAAGGUCUGCUUUUGUCUUGGUUGGAUAGUUUCUCUGACACCUCGCUGAGAUUUUUCAUGUUUAAAGGAAGAGGGGAAAGAAAAAAAAAAAAGGCAGCCUUCCAGCAGUGCUGCACUGCCCUGAUCUCUGUCCUUUAAGUAUGGCAAAGCAGUGUCAAACAUUCUCCUUCCAACUUCACUGUUCACUUGGCUGAUCCUUUCCUUCUCCUCCUCUGGCCACAGCUUUUUCAGUCUCUAUCUACAGCCUCUGUACCUCUGGGAGAGCUGGCACAGACCUGUCCUGGUUCCUUUCCAGUUCCUUGUGAUGUGUUUGCUCUACAACAAACCCUCUUUAGAGCAGCCGCCCUGUGCAGGUUCAUUGUACUUCACAGAUUACUGCUCUAUCAGUCUUUCUAGUCUAGUAUUUAGGAAUGUUUCCAGCCGCCACCGUACUUAUCAUGAGAUCAUUAAAUACUUUCUACCACUCCUCCUUCUUCAGCAUUUAUAUAUGGUUAAAUAUAUAUAUAUGUCAGCAGUUUAAUCUGAAGCAGAAAGCGUUAAUUCUGGGGCCAGAAUGACCUUGUUUGUAAAGGUUUCAGUUUUCAGUUUUCAAAAAUCGAACUAAGUCAAGGAAAAUGAGUUAAAUUGCUACUCAAAAAGGCAUGGAGCAGGGCGGAACUGUUAGCUAAGACAACAGAGGAACAGGAAUAUAGACAGGAGGAAAAGCCACGGCAUUCAAUUCAAUUGUCUUAAAUGAAACACAGCGAGGGUCAGAAGCACUUGCAUUAUCUUAUUAUAAUUUCUUGAUUCAGAAAUCAAAUAAAAACUUGCUGCAGCCCCUUUCUCUUUAUUUUCCUGCAGUCCUUUGCAUAGCACACUUGUCCUUCCCACAUUUCCCCAAGCUAUUAUGCAGCACAUCUGCAUCAAUGCUGAAGGGCUCUUAGUACCUCUCAUUAGAAGAGGCUCAGAGGUACUGCAGGGACUUGAUUGGCAUUUAUGGCACCAGAUUAUAUGAAGAGUAGUGCUCAUUCAGGCUGAGGAUGUCAAUGACAAGUUUCUGUGAACACAUCUGAAUUGAACAGUGAUAGAAAGAUGGUCCACAAUAGCCUUCAACUAGGCCACCACACUGUAAAUGGCUGCUGCCAGACAACUAUGACAGUUCCUUAUGUAUAGGGUGAGAGGAAACCUGAAGCAUGAGGGAUUUAAUACAUUUGCUUCUUGAGCACUGAGUCUUUCACACAGAGAACUGUAAUAAACAAAAAUAAAAUGAUAAUUAAAUAGGUAGUUAUUUGGCAGAUGAUCUUAAUUAAAGAGGAAUAACCCCCCCCCAAACCUUUAAGAUGCAUCUCCUCUAACUAUAUAUGACACGGACUCUACUGAGACUCCUCAUUUCUCUGGGGCCCAGACGGUCUCACACAAGACAUGACAAUACCCUGUCCUGGUUUCCCUGAAAUCCCGUUACAGACCAUCUUUGCCUACACAUCCCAUAUGGUCUACAUCAGCUGGCAGGCAGCUACUGGAACAGCGACUACUAUUUCUACUCCAUCAAAGCAGUUCAUAUUUUUGCUAUUUAAUUCAAGGAACUGGUUUCGUUUCUACCUAUCUUUUCUGCCAAGUUAAUACUGUUGCAACUGCAAGAGGCUAUAGAUAUUUCAAAGUUUACCUGCUGUUGCAGCAUUUGGAUCCCACAUGCUAAUUCCAGACUAUUCAGGAAAUGAAAAAGCAGCAGCAAUGUUUGCUCAUAAUUCAAUUCCUCUGCUUUACGCUGAAGAAUGUGGCUUAUAAGUAGUUACCAAGCCAUAGCUAUGCAGUUUGCCCCAUCAGUGUGUCGGCACUUGUCAGAGACAGAAGAUAUCAAAAAAUGCCCAUACCCUCUUAGUACACCCACACUUUGGGUGUCAUCCACCCCAGGCAAGAGGAAAAGCAGGAAGGUCAAAUGUAGGUUACUGCCCUAACAACAAUGUCACCUCUCCAGCCUGGUAACACUUUGGUAACAAAACUGAUGCAUUCAUUUAGUUUUCAGGUGAAACCAAAAUGGACCCUAUACAGAGGCAGACAUUCUUAAACUAAAUCCAACAUUUUUGGUUAAAAAUCUUUUUUGAUGAACACUUCUGAUAAGCCUCUACCUCCAGCCUGACUACCAAUUUUUGGCAAGGACGUACCAAGCAACACGUGUAGCCAGAGUAACAGUGGCACACAAAGCUUUGUCCAGUUAACUCUUAGUCAAGUUAAUUCCUAGCACACUUGUGAUAAGCGGACUACCUCUUUACUUAUGCUGCUUGUGCUCUGGAUGGGUUUACACACUAUAACUUGUUUCCAGUGAAAAUUUGCUUUUGCCAGCUGCUCUGCAAGGGGGAGCCUAACUACCCCUUUACAGCCUAUGACUAGUCUUCACAUAGAGUCAAACUAAUUCGAGCAAAUUUGCAAUAAAGUUACUGAGCUGUUUUUGACUAAGCACUGCAGGGUAGGCUUCACCUUGCACAACAAACAAUAAAUAUUUCAUGCUGAACAAUUUCAGACUUGUAACCUCUAGAAAUUUUACUAGGCCAUAAGAAACCUGCAGGCUUCUUCUUUCCAUUAAGAGGGACAAGAAAGAUUGGAGUCAUUACCCACACAGACCACAACAGAAAAGAAAGGGACUAUAAGGUUCAUACCUGCUGCUUUCCUCGAUGGAUUUUGCAUUUGAGCAAUGCGGUCAUGAGACUGCUGUAAAGAAGUGUAGCGGCAAUCUGUUUUAUUUUUACUUUAGCAGGAGCAAAAAUGCUAAAGUUGGAAGUAGGCACCCAAACCAGUAGCACCCUUAAACCAGACUCAGAUAUGCAUGUUAUUCUCCUUUACCAUGUUGUUAUUAAGAAGCAGGAAAGCCUGCUUACAUUAAUAUUUAACCAACAACAUCCAUACACAAUUAUGAAACGCCUAUAAGUGCAGUGUGAGGCCCAUCUCUGCACAAAACAGAUUUUAGCUUAAUUAAUUAGAUUAAUGUACCACUAAUAGCUCACAAGCCUGUUGUAAAAUUUGGGUCAAACAAAGCAGCAUCAGACUGGAGACACAGGGAUCCCCGAGCCCUAGCUCUGGGAUAGCCAGUGCAGUCAGGACUUAACCACAAAAAAAGGAGCUCCUGCUUAGCUUGCAGGUCCAUUGCUACCAACAGACAGCUUCUGGCAUUGUUUGCAACUACUCAGCUGAAAGAAAAAAACACAACCUAUUCUACAUUAGAUAGAACAGCCAGCAACACCAGGAACACAGUAGCUGCUAGAGGUUUUGGAGUGUUUGUCACCUCCUUGAGGAACCUGGAUUGAACUUUGUAUUAAGAAUAAUCCCAGCAUACUUCAGCUAAAGCAAUGACAGAUCAUAUACCUGAGAAAUAAACAGUAGCAACUCUUACCUUGGAUUCCUUCUUGUCUUGCUUCUUAAAAGGGUACAUUUGAGGUCUGAGGCUCCUCUCCAGAAGUAGUUUUCUAGGUGAACACUCCGUAUUGCAGCUUACUCACUCCCUACUGAAUGCAAUUUAAGUGGAAGCACACAGACACCAAGAAUAGAUUCAUUAUAAGCCAGGCAUCAGGUCAUAUCUGACUGUAGCUUGAUUGAGCAUUUAGUAACACCUAACCUAAGCACUGGGGGUAAAUGAAUACGCUUGCUUCUCUAGUACUAUGAAAUCUCUUGGCUGUAUGGGUAGCAGCUGGCUUACAGAACCCAGGAGAGCCUACAUCAGUAGUCCAUAAACACAGCCCGCUGCACUGAAAGAUUGCUGUUAACCUUCAGUGUAGACUGGCAACAACUCUGCACAGUAUAGAACAAACUGCCAAGGCUUGAAAAUCAGCCUCUGCUGCUCAAAACUACCUGCUCUCCCCUUGCUUUGUUGCUCUCCAGCCACAUAGCUACUAGUAUUUCAUGUGACCUCAAGCACAAACUACACUCAGUGCUAGUGAACAAGGAGAGCAAGAAAGUGCCCUGAGCUUGGCCUUCACUCCUCAGAUCCACAUCUUCUUGCUAGCAUGGGGUUAUGGGCAGGAGUGAGUGGCAAGGCCUCAUAAGUAAAUCAGAGGUGGCUGUUACAAAACAAAAUUAAAAACAUGAUUAGGGUCAGUCACUGCUAUCUACCAGCAAUCUUAAGCAGUCUCCUAAAUUAACUAGAGUUCCCAUCACAGGUGUUUUCUGUAGUGCAGCUGUGGUGUUGAGCAUGCUCACUGUAGGAGGGGCUAAAGGAGAGAGGAUGGCUGAGGAGUUGCUCCAUUUCUUUUCCAUUACUAGGAAGCACCCUGUAGAACACUGCUUUUAAACUGUUGGCUUUUGUGCCCCCCCUUUGUUUUUUUUUUUUGAGGAAGGAGAUAAAGGCCAUGACAGGCUUCUGGAAAGUAAAUAAUUGCUAGGAGUCUGCAGGGGCUGAUUGGUAGGUUUUUAUGGUGGGGGAAAAGAUACUUGUGUGGAAUAGAUUUUGGAAUAGGAACAGAACUUAGCAUCCUGUUAUGACUAGGUUAUUAACAAAAUGAAAACGCCCCCUUGAUAGAGACAAAGCUAACACUGGGGCCAGAAAAGUACUUUUAGUCAGACUGCUUGUUAGUGAUUAUCCGAUUUCAGUGGCCAACUCACAUUUUGGAUGAGAGAAGCUCAAGGUCACAGUUACCUUCAGACUUAUGCACUCCUGGCUCACACACAGUGCCAACUGGAUCUGUUUCUGGAAUGGCCAGAUAAUCAUACUUCUAUCACAUUAGCCAGUGCACAUAGUACAAUGUUCAUCCUGUCUUUCUAACAGCUGUUGAAGGGCUGAUGACACCUGACCUGGCAUAAAGUUGCUUGGUGCAAAGUGAAGAGCAAAUCUACAGCCUGUCACUGUUGUGUGUCAUGUAGCUGCAGCAUUUCUGUCUGGCACAAGGGCCCCAAAGCCAGAUUUACUGUCUCACUGUGUCCUGAUCCAAGGCAUAGACUAAAUACUAGUUGUAGAUAUAAAACUAAUAGAAACCACUGACAUCUCCCAGCUAUCCUUCAGCAACAUCAGGAGAAAUCAGACUUGACAUGCCUGAAAUUUCUAAGGGGAAAGACAAAACCCUUCAAAACCAGUGGGCAAACAGAACUGGGCUUUAAAUGUAACUAUCAAUUUAUAGCCCAGGAUUUCCAUGUAACUUCUGGAUGAUGAAGAGGGUAUAAAGACACCAGGGGUGGGGUAGAGGGAGAGGUAACAUAUCCUAGGGGGUUCUGUGAAAUCAGAAGGAAUUUUACUUAUCAGAUUUAUAAGAGACAAUGUUGUACAUAUUUGAAAACAUAACACAGCUUCGCUGCCCCUACAAUAAUUCAAUUAAAUGACCAAAUCACAGGCAGACAUACAGAGAAGUAACCAGCAGGUUAAGUGGUACUAUACUGAAUGAACUAUGAUUGCAUCAGUGGUGUUUUGACAACCAAAUCCUGUUUCACCUGACAGAAGACAAAUGUUGUCAUUUGUUGUAGCCCCUGUCUCAGGGACUCUGGACACCUGGGGAAGCUGAAAAAAAUCUAGCCUAAACUUGAAUAAAAUUUCCUGAGUGUGGGAUUACACUUCCAAUUGUUUGAAGAACCCAUGCUAAACCCCUUUAAAAACAAACAAACAAAAAACACAAUAAAACAAAACAAAUGUAUUUGCUUUGUGAAGCAAAGGUAUGUCUUCUCCAAAGUCUCACACAUCAGUUUACCCAUCCAUCAUCGGGAGUUUGCUAUUUUGACAGCAUCACCUGACAAGCCUUCUGGCAUGCUACGUAUUUCUGUGAUUGUUCAGUCCCAGACUCACUCUGAACAAGUAACUGAGCAGUGGAGGAUGGUCAGAUCAAUAUUCACAAUAAAAAAUCUUGUACAAAAGGACAACUUGUGUUAUAUACACACUGCCAUUGCUUGAUUUGCAGUGAUACUGCAUGGCUUUUGGGAAAGGGGUUGCAGACAUGAGAUAACAUUCACAGUCAAUGUAGGGAGCAGGGGGAGGGGGCUGAGUACAUUCCCUUCCACUUCGCAAGGGCACAAAUGCUCAACAGCUGCAUUUAAGGAAGAAUUGUUCUGAAAUUUGAAACUGAGAAUGGUCUGUGCAGGAACUUCUUGGGAAAGUGAUGAACUUUAACCUUCCCAGGAUAAGAGUGUUAACCUAAGUGUGAAAGGGAAAGCUUUCAAUGGACUGACAGACAUGAGAAGUGCUUUGUCUUUAGAGCCCGGCAGCACAGCCCUCCUUGUGUUUGAACUGCUGUGAGGAAGGGAGGCAUGGGCAGCAGUGACUUUGUUCUGCCCUAAGUGGCAGCUAAAGGUUUUACUGCCAUCACUGCUCAAGUCCGGGAUUCAAACCCAGAAGAGAUGCCAUCUUCUAGAGGUAGAAGAAACGCAUCCACCCACUCUAGGGUCCUGUGAAAACACGGCUUACCUGUCAGCGUCAGCCCUAAAUUUAUGUUUGUUCCCAUCUUGUGUCCUAUAUUCUCAACACCCCAUUUCUUGAUGCUGACACCUUUGGUUUCCACCCGUGUGUUACAACAUUGCCAGGUUAAAAUGGCAGCUUUUGUGCUCUUAAAUGGAUAUUGCAUUCAAAGUGUAAGAGCACAGUACAGCGCUAGGCUGCUCUUAGCAACAAGCAUUGUUUCCAGGUAUUGGGCAUUUUCCAAAUCCUGAAAGUACCUUCCAGGAACAGGGCUGCCUACUACUGCUAUAGAACCUGCUGAGAAAUAACCUUGUCUGUAGCCUGUUUGGUUGAGGCCUGAGUACAGAUCUACACAAGGCAAUCUUUACCAAGGGCAGCUUAUCCUUCUCUAGCAAUUGAGAGCAUUUCAACACUACCCCACUUCACUUGAUUUGCUAGCAGCCUCAUUCAGUGGCAAGCAUUAUUUAAUAUCUACUGCUUCUUCAUUCCAGGUGAGAGAAUGAGAGAAACACUUCAGAGUUUUGCUCAAAAGCAGUUUUCCCCGACUGAUUCCGUUCUUGCUUUGGUCUACAAAACAGACUGCUUUUGCAUGCAAGGAAUCAUAGAUGCUCUCAAGCACCUCAAAUGUCAGAGAUUUGCUUAAGCACUUAAUUUGCAUGAAGGAAGUGAGUUCUAGUUCUUCAGUCACAGCAUAAUUCUAGCAAAGGUCUGACAGCAGCUCAUCCUGGGAAGAGCUCAAGUUAAUCUCUGAAAUGGGCAGAAGCCCAUUUGGUCAAAGAGGCUGCUGCUCAAAGCACUACACAUUGAAGAUGAAAGUAAAGCUGUUCCUUCUCCAGAGCAUCAACAGCAAUAACUCUUGUGGCCCCACACUACUAUGACUCACCAGUUGCAACCCAUUUUUGCAGGCUUUCCUCUGGCAGAGAAUUUAAUCUCAUAAAGCUUUGAUUGGAAACAUGAUCACUCAGGAGAAGCUGGGUAGAAGAAACAGGUGAGAGAAGUGUUAUCCAUUGUGGAGCACUUAAAGUUUUGAAACUUUGCAGUAGUCAUCCUUGGCUUGCUCUGGCAGGACAACCUAGAUCACCAAGUCAAUCCCUGUUAAGUUGCCAGACUUGAAAUCUUAUUUGCAUGGUUCAAGUGGUCUACCAAAACCUGGCCAUGCUUUUAGGCUGUGGGUUAGCUGUACUUUACAUCCAUCUGCAGCGUAAAUACAUCAUAUGAAAUACAGCUGGACAGCUACGCUGGGGUCCAUACAUGGAGGGAACGACCACCAUCAGGCACAUAUCCAGCAGAGGCUAUUGCAGUCACACAAUUACAGCCAGUUGACCACAGCAGGACUAAUUCAGAUUGGACUAAGCAUGCAUCAUGAAACAAACUACCACAGUGAGGAAGUGAAUAAACAGGUGGACAAAAUGUGCAUCCCACAUUUACCUCUGCUACCCCAGCCAGCUGUCAGGAUGUUAUUAAAACUGCCUGGGAUGUAACAUGUGCAAGCAGCAGCUGCACAGCUGUGCUUACCUAGCACUCUGUUCCUCAUUCUAGCAAUAAGUAGCCUGGGAUUAAACCUUCCUUUUGAGCAGUAAUCCUAGUGAUAUGCUACGUGGAAGGAAACGUUACAGGACUACUUCAGCAUUUUUUUGGAGAUUGCCCUUUCACCUGGUAGUAGGAGAGAAAGGCAAAGUUUGCACCACUGCUACAUAUGGGCACAGGUCUUUUUCAGGGCUGCUUGCACACAGGCAAAUCCUAACACUGUCACAUCAAUAUCAGAUCAUACCUAGACUUCCCAACAAAGCAGCAGCAUAACUUGUAUAUUGUCACUGAUUUUUGCUCUCUCCUGAACAAUAUCACAAAAACCAAGCUGAACAAAUAGCAAAUUCACAAAAGACAACCCUACAAAGGAAACAAAAGAUCUGCUGAAGCAGGCUAGAAAUAUGAGAGAGAAUGUGAGACUAAGGGAAACAGGAAAAGACUGUUAGGAUCUCAUCAACCAACAGCUGUGCACAGCCCUUGGCAGCCAAAUACCAUUGCUACUUUAUAGGCCACUGCAUCAAGCUCCGCAGUUUGUCAGGUAGGGGAAGCUGUAUCCUAGCACUAUUUCAGACAUGCCUUGAUAUCAGUUUGUUUUUAGCAGCUUCCCAAGCAUACAAUACAUUUUAAAAAGAUGCUGCCCCAAAAAGACUUUUCCACCUACUCAAUGCAGCUCCAGAGGGAACAGACCAGCUGUAAGAAGGUACAGAGGUACAGCACGGAGAAUAUUAGCAAGCUGAGACUUUAAAAGGAGAUUUGGAAGUGGAAGUCAGCUUAUAUGUAGAAGGGGCAGCUGCUCCAACCACUGACAACGGCAGUGAAGAGUGAAAACUUAAACACAAUUUGGAGAUUCAAGUGGCAGUCUGCUAAGCACUGCAUUCACACAAGUACGUGCAAAUGCUAGAGGAUACGGCGCGCAUGAAAGACUAAGACCCGCUGCACUCAGAGACUUCUAUUACUUUUCAGUGGGAUUUUAUCUAAGGCUUAAACUUCAGUUGGUUACAAACUCCACUAACUCUUUAUUGCAGAGGCUAUCACUAUAUCUGUUUUAACAAGUAGUAUCUCAAAUGUCAUCUGAAACUCCAAGUACAAAAAAAAUCAAGACCUGUCAUCCUCCCGCUACCAAGACAGAUUUAGUUACUUUUACUAACAUUAACUAGCACUUAUUAGGCCUUUCUUUUCCCAGUUAAUAAACCCAAACCUGACCAUACCUUACGGGACUACAUGGCUUGAAUGCAGCUCUCAUAUUCUCACAAGCCACACAUUGCACUUCUGAAAGUAAAGCACAGGACUUGCAUGCCAAAGCAUUUAAAAGUAAUUCUAAUAGCAGCAAGAAGAUAGAUUUAUGUGAAAGAAAAAACACCACCACCCCAAAGGCAAUUCUAAUCUCAUGUUAAAAAGCUCUGGUUCACUUGAGGCUCCCUGACGCAAGCUACAUGCUUGUGUACUCCAUGGAGCACCUACACAUUCAAUCAUUCUUUGAAUAAUUUCUUGUGCAGUCUGCACAGGGACCUCAUUUCCUCUUCAACAGGAGACACCAGACCCAGGUGGUUUGGCUGAGCAGCCAUUUCAACUACGCAGCUAUGGUGAAGUAAACAUACUGCUAUUUGAAACUGGAAAUUGAACUACUGUCAAGCAAUACAGAACAGAUCUACCCACUCCCCUUAAUGAAAACCCAAACCUUCUGCCAUCUGAAUCACCCAACAUGGCUAGUAUUAACAGUUUCACUGGCUGAACUAACAGUACAAGUAAUAGAUGCUGAGAAGUGGCUAGACUUCAUAGAUAGCCUUAUCAUUAUCUGGCAGUGCAGUGAAACAUGAAAGUGUUAUCAAUGUACUACAGUGUAACCAGUCCUACAGAGCUUCUAUCAAGUCUAUCAAUGGGGUACCAAAAGUCAUUUAUUAGUUCUAUAUUUCCUAUGCUCUAAGAUCUUACUGCAACAGAUCUGAUUCCUGGUAGACACUGCAUAAGUCAUAGCAGACAAAGUAAGGGAAUAAGAACACCCUAUUGUGUAUUCAAGAAAAGUACACAGAAGAAACCUCUUGGGAGCAGUCAACAUAACUGCAUCCAAAAGCUCAGAAAUGUGACAUUUAUAACUUGUCAAAAAAAAGUAGGAUUGCCUUGUGUCCAGCUACAAGAUAAUCUAGAGGAAACACAAACAGGAAUUCCUAGAAUGCUGCACUUUUAAACUAGUGAAACAUACUGAUGCUGUGCCUGGAAGAAGAAAGCAAAAAAAGUUAAUCAGUGAUACUAAAUUGAAGGAGAAAUCAAGAAUUCAGGUUUAAAAUGUUAAUGAGAAUGGUACUCAUUCUCAUUACUCAGCUUCAAGUAUGUAGCUAGCGUACACAGGAAAAAGGCUGAGAGAAAACGAUAGAGGAUCACAGUGCAGACCAGAGAAAUACUGAGCAAGACAGAUUAACACAUGGCUCUGGUAGAACCUACACUAGAAACUACAGCAAUAUUGAGCAAACCAAACUGGCUGUUACUGGAAGCAGUGUACCUGUACUUCAUGAAGCACAGGCUAUUUUACAGUAUUUUUCUCAGUAAUAUUAAGUAGCUGCUACUAAGUUGUGUGCUGCCAUACCUCAGUUCCCUUUAAUACUUGAGCUUAUUUUAAGCUAGUAGUGGAGUUAAUUUUGUACUGCACUGCAGAUUCAAGUCCUGCACUAAACAGGAUUCAACAGUAACAGCUAGAUAAACUUGCAGCUGACCAUCUACCAUAAAACACUACUCCAUCCUGCUCACACAAGUUUAUUUUUUUCUUAGAUGGACAAGAAGCUGUUUUGUUCAUUAUGACAUUGAAGUCAAUACUGGAAAAUACUGUCUUGAAUGUUUACAGGAGCCUGAGCUGUUUCCAUGUAACUUCAUUUAAGGAGUCGCAAACCAGGUAACAAAGAAGAAAAUCUGCUUAUUUAAGUGUUACUUGACAGACUUGUGCUAUUAAGACCUUUCCACCAUGAUCUAACAAUAACGCAGUUUCUUGCUCAACAGCAAAAGCCACCUAAUCGUGUUGGGAUGUGGGUCUUUGACUCCGGUGAAGACUUUUCAACACAAACCUUACUUACACUGUUCAGCAAUGAGUGAAGCAGAAAGGCAUAGAGCUUCAGCAGCUCGCUAAAGAGAAACAGCUCCUAAUAGCACGCUUUUUCCCACAGGACAGAAAUCUGGUCUUCUGCUGUCAGAGCACAUGAAUAGUUUGUUAAGAGCACGGUUUUAUUAACAUUAGCAGACAGCCUGGAAUACAGUAAUCUGUUUUAAAACCUGCCCUGGUCUGAUUCUUACAACCCAGAGUUAUCUCAGUCUCAUUAGUCUGGGAUCUUACCAAGCAUGUGUAAUAUAUGGAAUACAACAUGAUGCACAUAACCCUUAUUCAUCCACUCUCCUGACAGUUGAUUGUUAGCAGGCUUAUUUCCCACAUUCACUGAAUUUAAUACUAGAGUCCCAGGAGGCCUUUCAGGUUAUUAUUAACCCACAUAUAAUCCUAAGAAUGAAAACCUAAUAGCAUAUUAUCUGCAACCCACAUUUAGAAAUUAACAGAGCAGUCCACAAGCAUGCUUCUACAGUACCGAAACAUCUCUAAAACUUAAAUCUCUCAGGUCAUAUUGGCCUUAACAUCAUUAACGCACAUCAGAAUUCCCUUUUCCUAAGUGACAUUUCUUUGGGUAUCUGAGAACGUUACAUUGCCAUCAAUUUGGUGGAACAAAUGUAGUUUGCAUGAUAAAGCACAAUCAACCACAGUAGAAGUUCUUAACAUUCCUGUCUUCUGCAAAGAAUGUUGUAACUGAAACCAUUGAAAGCAGAGCAGUGACUAAGUAUCUGAGUAUCAUAAAGCAGAUUAAUGUGUAAUUAAGACGCAGCAGUUACAAUAUUCAUCCCCCACUGUUGAGAAAUGACAGAUUCUUCCGGAAUGGUAUUCACAAAGUGUUUCCUUUCCACAAAGUUUAACUAUGUUGUACUGUUUCAAAUAAAAAGUAAUGUGACAAACAAGCUUCCACCAAACCUUAGAUGACCUCACUUAGAUCUCUAAGACAGAUGCUUUCAUAUACGAACGGUUACACUUCCAGCACAUGAGGAUACCAUUUGAACAUAUACAUAGGAAUCUUAAACAGAAAACCAGACAUGUUUAUAGGGAGGAUAUACAGAGAUUUAUUUAAUCAGGUUUACUAUUUACAGUUGAGAUCACUUUCACAUACUACUUUGCUACUCUACAUGGCUACAUUAUUUCCAAACCAGUUUAAGAUCUACAGUCUACAGUUCACUCAACACAUAAAACUGCUCUUCAUAGAAAAAAAUGAAAUAUUUCAUUAUAGAACAGUAGUGCAUACAUUAUACUCCUGAAAAGCCAGCUCGUAUUUUAAAACACUAAUGCUUGAAAGGUUUGAUCUCUGAAGGUCAAAACUUAGUCUUAUGUACCUAAAAUUUUGGUUAGUUUUUUUGUUGUUUUGUUUUUACCAUUAUAUAUAAAGUUUACUGGACUUAAGUGUUUUUUUU